UUGCGUCAUCCUUCAUCGAAUUAUCAAUCAUGGCAGAUCCAAAAUAUGCAAAUUUACCUGGGAUUGAUUUAAACUCUCCUGAUGUGUUUGAGACAAGUGAUCUUCCUGAAGAUGACCAAGCUUUAAAGUCGGAGCCAGUGGUACAAGAAGAAGUUCCAAAUGAAAACAUUGACAAGGUCACUUUGGACACCAAGGGAGCUCUGACAAAAUUCAAAGGAAAGGAUCUACAGGCUGAUUCUGUUGAUUUUUCUGACAAAAUAGGAGGACAUUUCCGUACUGGAUAUGAUGCCUCCAAAACUGAAUAUGAAAUGUUGGAGGAGGGAGCAGGUAAAAUCGAGUCACCACAGCAGAAAUUCCAGCGUCUGCAGCAUGAAAUUAGAGAAUUGUCUGAAGAGGUUCGCAGAAUCCAGGACAAUGUGAAGCAGGAGUCAACCACAGAGAAGAUGACACCAGUCUCCCUUGGUAAACAAUUAGAGUAUCUACAACAUCAGCUUAACGACCUUCAUCUUGAGAAAGUUCUUGGCCCAGAAGCUGGCAUCAAUCUUGCUGACCCCCAGGGUGCUCUACAGAAGAGACUGAUGACCCAGUUGGAUUCCUUCCAGUGUGGAGGGACAGACACAAAAGGGAAAACUCCAACUAAAGGGAAAGAGGCUGGCGCAUCGGACUGUGUCACAUAUGAGUUGUACUACAGACCAGAACAAGCUCAGUUCAGUAAAAAUGCCAGGCUUGCCAGUCUAGAAGAGAGACUUGAAAGGUUAGAAGCCGCAAUAGGACAGAACCAAGACAAAUUGAGUGUUUUAACAGCUGACACUGCAAACAAAAGUCUGGUGGGCGCUGUUGCUGUAGUGAACUCAAAGCUCUCCUUACUAGAACAAGCCAACCUAGACCAGGUGGAGACUCGACUUCAAGGAGUUCUUCACAAACUCAAAGAGAUUGCUGAGAAAAAGUCAACAGUACAGGAUGAUCCUGAGAAACUGAACAAGAUUGCAGAGCUGUAUGACCUGGUUAAGAAAUGGAACAGUGUAUCAGAAACAUUACCUCAAGUGGUGGACCGCCUGGCCGCACUUAAGGAACUACAUGAACAAGCAUUACAAUUUAGUCAAUCCCUGACCUACUUAGACACUGCACAGCAGGAAAUUGCUACCAGUCUAAAUUCCCAUGGAGAUAUGUUGAAACAACUUCAAGGUACCUUCAAACAAAAUAUGGAUGUGAUCAAGGCUAAUUGCGCAAGUCUUGAUUCAAGAAUAAAAACCCUACAAAAGUGAGGACCCCAAUAUAUAUAUUAGACUUUAACAAUAUAUUGCCAAUUAAAAAUUGGAAUGCUUCUCCAAAUACUGCAAUUCUAAGCCACUAGACUUUUAUAAACAUACACUGCCUCUCUAGACUGGCUUAAGGAUUUAAACCAGGACAGUCACCAUAAGGUGUUCAGGCAGAAUCCAAAUACUUAGAGUUUCAAAUGCAAGACUUUAACUUAAGACUCUUCUGCAAAAGCUACAACAGAAUACUGUGAGAUUAAAAAGCAGAACAUGUGGCCAAGUUGAAUUACUUGAUUAGAACAUUUGAAACAAAAUCGGGCCAUACUGGAGUGCUAGAAAUUGUUUUAUCUGUAACAAUGCAAUUUUCAUCACAGCAAACUUCUGGUUACAGGAUUGCAUUAAUACUAUACAAUGCAAAAUCACUAGAAUUUUUUUGUCUGCUUAUAUUCCAUACCUGUAUUGUGAUACUUGUUUUCUUCAAUUUAUUUUUGCUUAUUAGAAAUCUAAUAAUAUAUAAUUAAAUACACAAUUUUCAAACCUGUUUUGAAAAAAGGGCAAACCAGUGGUUCAGACUUUGAAUUCUGUGUACACUAAAAACGUCAUUCUGGACUUUCUGGUCACUGAAUGUAAAAACUUUUGUCUGGAAAUAUUAUUUCCUCAGAUUAAAACUUGUUUUUUUCCUCUGAAAGGAAAUAAAACUGGCGGUUGUAAAAAUUGAAGAUCUUGAACAAACCCUAGAAUUUAAAUUACUAAUGAUACACUUGUUGUACUUAAAUGGUGAAGAUGAAAUUUGCCAUGUUAAUAUGAUGUUGCUUGUAUCAUUAUCUGUAACUGAAUCUUGUUAAACUUUUGAUCUUUGUCCUUGAAACCCUCGUUUUACUGCCAGUAGUGCUGAAUGAACUUGUUCGCUAAUCAGGAUAUUCAUGUAUUUCAAACAAAAUCAAAACAUGGAUGAUUGUCAGCGAGACUAAUUUUAAUCAUAGACAAAAACACACAAUCUUAGUCACCCAAACAAUUAAACAAACACUUGGUAUGUUGUCAAUACAAAUCAAAUGUAUUCAUCAAGCAGCAUUUUCGUAUAGUGUGAAUAAUUAAUGUUUGAAGACAAAAUGUCCAUCGCUAUGAUGAAAUUUUACUGCAUGCUGUGUACACUAAUAAGUAAUUUCCCUGAUAACUAUAGAGGUCAAAUUUACCUAAAACAUUUACCUUAACUAAGAGACCAGAAGAAAUGAGUUCCUUUACUACUUUCACAUUGCAUGUAUGUUACUAUUGGUGUGAACUCUAGAUGUAAUGUAAGAGUUUUAUGUAUCAAGGUGUUACUGAACUAUAUCAUACAAAAAUGGGUGGAAAACAGCGAUUUUACAAAUGCUUUCAUUUGUAAAUUAUUGAUGUAUGUCCAAUUGUUUCAGAGAAAAUCCUAUAAUACUUAAAUUGCUUCAAAUCUUAAGUGUACAAAAUACAUUUUGUUUUUUUUUUUUCACUUAAUGCUUGGAUUUCGUUGUGUGAUACAUUACAACUAGCAUGAAAGUCAUCUAUUCAUCUAUAUAGUCCCACAUUUAGGCUUUAACUUGUCGACUGGAAUGGUGAAGGAUGAAUUUUUUUAUUUUGUUUCGUUAUGGAGAGGAGAUUUUUCACUGUUUCAAAUCUAAAACCACAAACUGUAUAAUGUGAGUAUUGCUUUUGGACAGAAAUCUCAUGCCUUGGACAUCAACAUGGUAGGGAAUGUCAUUAUAAAUAGGACUUUUAAAUAAUGAUGACAACAUAUUUCUGGAUCUCCGUGAUUCAGAAUUGAUGUAACCAUUUCGUUUUUGUUUCUGUAAAAAGACUUGAUCAAAGGUAGGAACCAGAAUAUCAUAAUAGGGUGUCAUUGUACAUGGAGCUUACAUAGUCCACAAACAGCCCUUGGGUAAUCUAGAUAUUGAUUAUCAAUAUUUAUUGUCAUUGAAUCUGAAAUAAAAUUUUAUGGUCUUUACCAUGCA